GGAGCGACGACGAACAAGCAUGCAUUUGUUUACUUUUACUGAGAGCAUAGAACGUCUUCCGUUUGCAAUUGAUUAUAGUUAGAUUACGUUUAUCAGUUGCUUUCACAAAUAUUCUUUAUUUAUCAAACAAAAAUGAACGUUUUUAGAUGCAUCAUUAAAGUUGCUGUAGGAUCUAGGUUUUCAAGUAGUUCUUCUAAGGUCCGAAAUCUGCCACCAGUUUCAUUCAAUCCAAUGCAAUAUCAGGGCAUUAGUUAUGAAGAAGCUAAAGCAAUCAGAGAGAAAAACAUAGCACAUUCUAUACCUGCUAUGUAUAAGGAACCUAUAAUGAUAACGCAAGGAUUUAUGCAAUGGGUAUGGGAUCAAACAGGAAAACGUUAUCUAGAUAUGUAUGGAGGCAUUGUUACUGUGAGUGUGGGUCAUUGUCACCCGAAAGUUACUGCUGCUGCUAUUGAUCAGCUUCAAAAGCUAUGGCAUGUAACCAAUAUAUACUUACACCCGAAGUUACAUGAGUAUGCUGAAAAAUUAACAAAUCGACUGCCUGGAGACUUAAAAGUAUGUUUCUUUUGUAAUAGUGGAUCAGAAGCAAAUGAUUUAGCCAUGAUGCUUGCCAGAAUUUAUACAGGUGCCUUUGAUAUCAUUUCUUUGAGAAAUGCCUAUUUAGGUAAUAGUCCAUAUACAACAAGUUUAUGUGGCUUGGGUUCAUGGAAACAUUCAUUUCCUAAUGGAUUCGGUGUCCAUCAUGCAAUGAAUCCUGAUCCAUAUGCAGGUAUUUGGGGUGGUUCAAAUUGUAGAGAUUCUCCCAUUCAAACUGACAGAGAAUGCAAUUGUGGUGUUGGGAAAUGUCAAGCUUGUGACAAAUAUAUAUCUGAACUUGAAAACCUUCUUUCAAGUUCUGUGCCAAACAAAGUUGCUGGUAUGUUUGCAGAAAGCAUACAAGGAGUCGGUGGCACCGUCCAGUAUCCA